ACACGGAUUGAAAGAAAUAGUGUAUGGGGCGCGUGUAUUAAAAGAUAACACACACGACCUUCACUUUGGAUUAUUCUCUGGCUAACACUACUAAGUGGGUGUGUACCACCAAAGAGAUACUGGUGUGUGUACGCUACAAAAUAUACAGCUUGCAUGCGAUAUGUUCGCUCGCGCUCGUCGACUAUUUACUAACAUUAACGUAGAUAUAUAUAGAUAUCAAAGAGCAACUAAAUAUGCGCGGUAGAUAGAGAGCUGAGUGGAAUUGGAAGGCAGCUGGAAAAAUUACAAAAUGGAGCUGGAUUCGGAAGGGUUAGACUCGCAGGUGGAAGUGGUAACCUGGAAGGAAACUAGCCAUAAUGAAAACUGUGAUGAUUACGAGGUGGAGAAGAUUACUGGAAUGCGUUUGGUGAAGGGAAAACUCUGGUUUCGUGUCCGCUGGAAAGGCUACGGUGCCGACACGGCUACGUGGGAACCCAGAGUCAAUCUUACUCACUGUGAAGAGCUCCUAGAUGACUAUGUCUCCAAAGUUCAAGACAAAAAGUACAAACAGAAGAAAAGGAGACAAACGAGGAAUGCAUUAAUCCACACCAGAAAGAGAGAGCAGAAGGAUGAUGAUAUCAAGGUGAACUAUGCCAUCAAGAAUAAGGCUACACUCACUAGAGACAUCAUGCGGAAAAGAAUCAUCAAAAAGUUCAUCUCAAAACCCAACAAAGUCUUCAACCGAAUGCCCCAGACCAAAUAUCCCAUGGAUGAAAGCCAGCUGGAUAUGGUCCUUACCAAGGGCCCAGAGGAGUUGCCAUUGGAGAUGGGGAAGGAGACAGAGUCUAAGAGAGAGAGGAGAAGAAGGAGAAGGAGGGGGAGAGGGAGACCCAAGAAGAACCCAACCAAGAUGCCUGACCUCCAACCACAAACCCAGUCUUGUGAGGACAGGGAAACUGAUCUUCAGCUGCCCCAAACCCAGCCGUGCCCUGACAGAGAACCUGACAGAGAACCUGACAGAGAACCUGACAGAGAACCUUUAGAAACUGUUGACGACAUCAUUCUGCUCGAUGACAAUUCAGUACCAGAACAAACACCAGAGACGGCUGUCAAGAGAGGUAGAGGAAGGCCUCCAAAGAAGAAGACCGCCGAGCUUGGAGAGAAGUCACAUGGUGAUUUGUGCAGACAGGAAAGGCCAACAGGGAUAAGAAGGAAAAGAGGGAGACCAAGGAAAGGUGUGGUCAGUGGAGGAGUUACUAAGGCAACGACUUGCGAUCCAUAUAAUGGACAGAUUAAACUAAAGAAAGUGGUUAUUAGAGAGCUGAGAAGCCUAAAAGCACUCCUGGAGUUCCAGAGGCAGAUCAGCGAUGAAGAGAAGGAGAACCAGACGGACACCUAUCAGACGAAAGAAGGAGUUCCUUCAUCCUUAGAGCACAGGCACGUCCUAGCCUCAGAGGCCGGGAACCGAUUCUUCAUACGUAUCAAGACCGGAAAAUUCAAGGACCUAUCCACGAAGCGCAGGAGGAAAAGAAAGGCGGAUAAGGAAAAGAGGAGGAAGAAAAGGAAAGCUCGUCAAAUGUUGGAGCAAACUGAAGUUGAUAAGGGGAAGAGUGAACUCACAGGUGAAGAGAAGAACUGUCUUGAGGUAGAGGAAAAUGGCGAGGAGCGGUGUGCUCUUCCAGAAGUGGUGGAAAUCAGUUCUUCAUCGGAAGCAGAGAAGGGAGAUGAAGAUAGCGUGGAAUCGCCAGGAGAUGCUCCUGCUUUGAAUGUGGAAUAUGACCAAUUCGGUUACGACGAUGAUUAUGUUGAUUUCAGUAAGGACACCAUCAGCGUCACGGAAAAAAGCAAAACAGAGGAUACUGUACAUGGAGAUCUAGAACAGGUAUCGGAGGAAAGGAAGAUGGGCCAAGGGGAGCUACAGAUUGAUGAGACUGAUGCCAGAAAGUCAAACAAUUUGCAAGUUGCAUUGAAAUCAAGGGCGGAGACUUUGGCAGAAGAAGAAGUGUUUAUUGACAAAGAGGAACGGAAGACGAUGGAGGAGGAGGAGGAGGAGGAGGAAGCAGCAGCGGGUGAUGAUGAAUCGUCAUCUCUUGUCAUUCCAUUCGAUGAGGAGGACGAGGAUUCAUCGUCUUUGAUCAUUGCUGAUGAUGGGAUGGAAGUCGACGACGAUGAUGAUGACGACGAUGACUUAAGAGAAUUUGACAUUGGGAGUGAGGAAAUUCAGGAUUCCGAACGCAUCGCCUCAACCAUCUUCCCAAGAGAAACCGUAGAACAAGGGGAACAGGUGUCAGUAAAUGAAAUGACGAGAGGUGACAAAGGGCAGUAUGAGGAAGCUGGACAUUGUCAGAAGAGCUCAGAGGACACCGACUCUGAUGAAUUUCUCUUUGAGGAGAAGAGUAGUAGCAAAGCUACAGAUAUCCUACAAAAAUUGGAAGAAGAAAAGAACCUGCACAGCACAUCAUGCAAUGAUUUUACGAGAGAGGAAACUAUGUCAGAAGUGUAUGAUGGGAAUGGGAGCCAUAGUAAAACCCAUAAAGACAUUACUUACUCUAAUGGAGAGAAGGAUGCUGUUGAGACAAUUGAACCUGUGAAUGUAAAUGCCACAGAAGACAGCUCAGAGGUGGUCAAAAAUCUAGAAACUCGCAUGGGUACUAGAGAGGAAAAUGAAAAAUAUCAGGAAACAGAGAGAGAGGAGCCGAAUUCUGGGUCAACUGUUGUUCCAAUGGAACCGGACAAAGCAGUGGAGUCCAUCAUUGCAAAGGAUACAGAGAUUAAAGACAGUGAACCGAUGAAAGUCAAACAGACUCCAAACUUGGAAAACCGCAUGGAAGAGGAGGAUAGUGCACUAGAAAUGAUGACUUCUAAAAUUUUGUCAAAAACAAAGAAAGACGAAGCAGAUGAUUUGGAAGUAAGAGAGGAAGGGGCAAACACCGAGAGGAUGGAGGAAGAGCAUAAGGAAGCCGAUGAUGGCCAAAUUGAGCCACGAGCGGCAGUACUAUCAGAAGGAAAGGAUGAUGGCAGGGAAACAGAAUCGGCAUUGGCGGAAGGCCAGAAAGAACUCGCCACUGAAAAGGGUUUUGCCGUCGAAAUUAUAAAUUCUGAUUUUGGGGAUGAAAGAACAGAUAAUAUUGGAAGUAAAGAAGAAUCAUGUGAUGAACAGAUGGAUGAAAAAUGCGAAGACAACAAGGAACACGAUAGGGAAACAAACAAUGACCUAAAUGAGCCGCAAGUGACGAUGCUAUCGAAAGAAAAAGACGGAGAAGUGGUGUCAGAAUUGGUAGGUCCUCGAGAAUCGUUGGAAGAAGAGAUGCUAAAAGAGAAUCAUGCUGUUGAAAUAGUUGAUACUCAAUUACUUCCUUCAAAGAAGGAUGAAGAAACACAUGAUGUUGAAAGAAAAGAAGAUAGAUGUGUUGAGAAGAGUGAAGAAGAAUGCAACAAGGAAGCAAACAGGAAGAGUAAGGAUGACCUGAUUGAGCCGCAAGUGAUGGUGCUAUCAAAAACAAAAGAGAGGGAGGUUCAGGCAGAUGACAAACAAACUGAAUCAGACGUGACUGGUACUCAGGAAAGCGCAGAAAAGGCGAGGCCACUGGAUGAAGAGAUGGAGCAUAAGAAGAAAAAUGUGGAUGUGCCUCAAACAGACAGAACAACCACUGAAGAAAGUAACAAGAAUGACGAUCAAAGAGAAGGGGAUAAAGAAAAAACGAACAAUGAUCAUGAAAAGAUUGAAGCUUUCAUAUCAGAUGCCCAGGAAAAUAGAGCGAAGGAGUCGAAAACUGAUCAACAAGUGGAACAUAAGGAGCAUGUUGUGCCUCAAAGAGACAUUGAAACAUUGGAAUCAGGAUCGAGGAAAUUAAAUGAAAGAGAAAAUGAAGAGGAUGAGAUUCAAGAAGAAGCUUGUGAUGAAAUAAUAGAGGACACCAAGGAGAGAGAAACAGAAGGUAUGAAAAGCGAAGAACAAGUACCUUGUGAUGAGAAGAUGGAAGAAAAGAUGGAAGAAACAAGAGAACAAGUGAUAGUGCCAUUGAAUGGUAAGGAGAUUGAAGGAAAGGCUCAGACAGAAGAAGUGGAAAUGGAAACUGCUGUUGCCCUAAUAACAUUAGAAAGGGAGUUGAGAUUGUACGAAGAGGUGGAAGAUGGGAAGAACAAAACACCUCAAAGAGACAAUGACAAGAUGAAUCCAGACAGAACACCUUCAAAAGAAACAGAAAGUGAAGGGUACGAUGAUCGAGGAGAACGGGAUAAAGAACAAAGGAGGAUGGAUGAUGAAGAGAUGGAAUUUGAAAAUGCAGGUACCCACGGAAUUUCUGAAAGGGAAAUGCAAAAGGUUAAGGAGCUGGAUAAUGAGGAGAACAACAUGCAUCAAAGAGACAUUCAAAACUUGAUACCAGACUUGAACAUCACAAAAGAAGAACAGGAGGAUAGGAAGAAAGAGGCACAGGGAGUGAGAAUUCCAGAAGCAAUAUGUAACAUGACUGGGGAUAAAAUAGAUAUCGAGGAAAAGGAAGAAAUGGAGGUGGAAGAGAAGGAAGAUGGUCGAAUAGAUUCUGAAACAAUCACUCCGGAAAAGGACGAGACUAGGCAUCAAGAAGGAGAUGUUGCAGUUGCUAUGGUGAAUGGAGCUGACAAGAAAAUGAUGUCCACAAGCACUGAAGAGAAUCUUAAGGAUACAAGAAUCAUGACAGAGGAUAGUCAAGAAGGUGAUAAAGAAUGCAAGAAUAGCACCAAAGAAUCUGCAGUUACAGUUGCUGAAGAAAAAAGGAUAGAGUACAGAGAUAUCCAGGAAGAGGGUGGCCAAGGAAUUCCUGAUCUUGCAGUCAAACAUAAAGGGGAUGUAGGAUGUGGCAAGGUGGAAUGUAGUUUAGAGAAGAUGGUGGUGGUAGAGCCUGAAGAAGCAAAGACUACAUGUGUGGGUAAAGAGAUAUUGGAGGAGACUCCAGAAAGAGACGGAGUGGACAAUAGCCAGGAGGCUACAAUGACAGAGAUAUCACCAGCAGAAGACAAUCUUCAUGUAGUCGAGGAGAAAGGAAGAAAUGGAGCAACUGGGAAAAAGGGAUUUGAUAAAAACCUGGAAGGAUCCUUGAAGAGCAAUUGUAUGAAGAUCAACAACAACAUAGAGGACAAAGAAUGCAUCACUAAUGCUAAAACAAAACUUGGGAAUGAAAUUUUGAAGGAAAAGAGAUUGGGAGAGGAGUUGAGAGAUAGUAGCCUUGACAACAUGGAUGAUAAGGAUGAUGCACUCCUGAAUGUAAUGAGAAGAGGUGAAGCAGAGGAAAACAAGGGUCAUGGGGUUGAGAUUGAAACUCUCGAUGAAGGAUUUACAGAUGGUAAAGACAACAGGUGUAAUCAGAACACCCCAAUUCCAUCUCCUAAUGAAGCAAUGAAGGCAGAGAACAAAGCCAAUGGCAAUUCAGGCUACAUCCGGGAGGAUGCUCCAAAGGAAGAAAUGGAAGUACCCAGGAAGUCAAUCAAUGGCAAUUCUGGCAGCGACCAGGAUGUUGCUCUGCAGGAGAAAGUGGAUGUAGACGAAAGGAAGGCAACAGAUGAAGCCAAGAAGGCAGAGAACAAAACCAAUGGCAAAUCAGGCUACAUCCAGGAAGAUGCUCCGAAGGAAGAAAUGGAAGUGUCCAGGAAGUCAAUCAAUGGCAGUUCUGGUAGCGACCCGGAUGUUGCUCUGCAGGAGAAAGUGGAUGUAGACGAAAGCAAGGCAACAGAUGAAGCCAAGAAGGCAGAGAACAAAACCAAUGGCAAUUCAGGCUACAUCCAGGAAGAUGCUCUGAAGGAAGAAAUGGAAGUACCCAGGAAGUCAAUCAAUGGCAGUUCUGGUAGCGACCCGGAUGUUGCUCUGCAGGAGAAAGUGGAUGUAGACGAAAGCAAGGCAACCGAUACGGGAGAUAGAGAUAAGACAAUGGAGGAGGAAGGGCUUGAGGAAGGUGAGAUACCAGAAGAUGAGGACGACGAGGAGGAGAAAGAGGAUGGUGUAGUCGUUACCAUAGAUAAGAACAAAGAAGAAGGAGAGAUAACUGAAGAAAUGGAGGAUGCAGCAGAGGAAAAAGGAAGGAUAGACAAAGGCAAAGAAAUGACUCAAGGGUUAAUAGACAGGUCCAAGGUCAUUGGACAGAAUGAAGCUAAGGAGGGGGCACAUUCACAAAACAAAGAACAAUUGAGGAGGAGAAAGCAAGAAACUAUUGCAAUUUUGGAGACGAGCACGAACAACUCCGACCAUCAAACAACUCAAUGUGAUGUUGAAAAGACCAGAACAAAUCGAGGCAGUGCAAUCAGUGUGAAAAGGAAUCUCAAUGGUGCAUAUUCAACAAAAGAGCAUAUACAUGUAACUAGAUCAAAGACUUUAAAGCCUUGUAAUGCCAUUACAGUAGAUGAUGAUGACGAUGAUGAUGUAGAAUUAAUGGAAUCUGACAUUUCUUCAAAGACAGUUAGCAAAAACAAUAAUGAAAUUAAUGCCAUGGAAAGUGAUGUUUACAUCAUUGACGAAGAACCUGCCAUACGUGCAGAACUCAAACAGCGCAACCAUAGAACCAAAAGCAUUGAACAAACCAAUGAUAGGACAUUGAAAUCUAAAGAAAACCCUGAGGCAUUGUCCCCAAAGUUUGGAAUGGGGUUGAAAAAGGUAUCACCGACCUCUAGUUCACGUGUUGGUAAGGUGGACAAAAAUGGCAGCAAUGCAACGAGAAUGGUGCAGAGUAUGAAAGCUCAUGUACAGCAAACUAUCGACAACUCGAGGAAAUCAGCAAAGAAUGGAAAAGCUGUUGUAAAGAAUAGCGCCUGCAAGGCUCAGGCCUUCAAACCGAAGGAUUCCCCCAUCAAGGACAGUAGAGAUAACAUGUUUAAAAGAUUAGAAGGAGCAAGCAGCGGUGAUGACGAUAUUAGGGCUGAUAAAGGUGGAACAAAGAGAAAGAGCGAUGACGACAAUGAUGAAGAUGUCGGUGGUUCGAGGACUCGUCCAAAGAAAAAGCUGGUGGGUGCAUCGGGAAAGGAAGUCUGGAAGAUGGUUACAAGGAAAGAGAAGAAGCCGACAGAGCCUAUCUGGGAAGGACACACCACCAAAAUCAACCGACAGAAGAUAGUCAUCAAAAUCUCAAAGAUACGCUUGACAGAUCUACCUGAAACCAAAGAGCCAGAGAACAAUGCCAAAAGGAAGUCGCCAGAGAAGCCUCCCGGUCGAAACAGCUGGAAGGAAGGGAUGAGGAUGGAGGUGACCGAAGGAGAUAGAGGAUGUCAGGGAGGAAUGAAGGCUAAUGGGGUUGAAGUGGAGCCAAAGGAGAAGCAAGAGAAGGCACAGGUGAACGGCCGAGGAGGAAAGGCUGCAUCUACAUCAACGGGUGCCGCAGGACGUUGGUCAACACUUCCCAAAGCAAAACCGGACAAUGAGACAAUACACGAUACAAGCUGGAAGAAUGGGAGAGAAAGUAGAAGCAACUCUCGCUAUCCAUCCGAUGAUCUUCUCAAAGACUUAAAGGAACUCAAGGCUCAUGGGAUCAAACAAAGCGAUCUGUCAUGGGUCAAGGAUCUCCUCGAGACGGACCACACGGAGUGCCUGUCAGAGGUGUGUGCUGCCCUCACUAAGUUCAUGGACAGCAAGGAUCAGAAAAUCAACCUCGUCGUCGAGAUGGGAUUCUGCCCUCUGUUGGUCAAGCUUCUAAGGAGUCCGUCACCAGAAGUUAUUUCAAGUGCCCUUCUGGCUGUCAGCCAUAUUGUGUCAGGAAAUGACUAUCAGACCCAGGCUGUGCUGGAGUGUUCCCCGUUGCCACUGUUCUGUUGCUUCCUGAGCCGGCAUAAACACGAUGUAACGCUUAGAAAGGAGGCAUGUCUCGCUCUCUCUAACAUCACAGCUGGUACCAGUCAACAAAUACAGCAUCUGGUGAAUGAUGGUCUGUUCCCAGUCUUGCUCAGUGCCAUGCAGCAUGAUGACUUCCAGGUCAUGUACGAAGCAACAUGGGCAGUGGCCAAUGCAACGGUCAACGGAUCACCAGAACAAAUCAGGUACAUAGUGAAGCAAGGAUUCUUCCAAGCAUUCUCUGAGGUUCUUAAACAGACAGAUGACACUCUGAUUCAGAUUGCUCUGGAUGCCAUGUACAAUGUGCUUAAACUUGAUGAGAAACACAAGAAGGCUGGUAAAUCCACACCCUACUGCCGUCAGGUCAAGGAAUUUGGAGGCUUGGAAAGGAUCAGAAGUGUUCGUCUGACCGGUUCAACAGUGGUCAAGAAGAAGUCUUACAACAUGCUUACUACUUUCUUCCCGGACUUCUAGCAACGUUCUAACUUUUAAUGGCCUAUCUCAUCCGGUAAUUGUGGCUUCAUGGAUAAAGAACUUGUAUCCACCUCUGCAGGGCGAGGGCGCUCUUGGUGCCUGCUCUACAAUGUCUUGCAGAGGUCAGUGUUCUUAUUCAGUGGACGAUAGUGGCACAGAAGGAAGAGCAAGUUUUGGCGCGAAUUCACCGGAUGGACAUCAAUGGUCCUGGGAGAAUCAGCUGCUAUUCCUAGAGUGUGCAUGCAGCCCUGCGUUUGAAAGGGGGAAACCCAUCUCAGUCAAAAGAUAAUCCAUCUUUUUUCAGACACUUGACAUCAUUGACUUGCACCCGACAUCAUUGCACUUCCUUCCUAACAUAACCCAUUUAACACCUGAGUGGAGAAUAGCAAAUGAAGAUUAAUGUCUUGCUAAUAGGGCACUAGUGCUCUGCCGGGGCUUGAACCUGCGCCCUUUGCAUCUCCAGUCAAGUGUUUACACCACGACCACAACACCUCUUCACCUCUUGUGGUUGAUGAUGAUGGUGUUGUCUGGCCCUUUCACUUUGAGGGGGUCCAAACCACCUUUGAUAUCAUCAUGCUCCUCUUCUCUCUGAAAUUCCUCAGCCUGUGCAGAUUGGACAGCUUCAUGAAAUGCCCAAAUUCCAGUUAAUUUGGUAGACCAAUCAAAGAGCUUUAUCUCUUGUGGUUGAUGUUGAUGUUUUUGUCUGGUUCUUCAACUUUGAGGGGAUUCAAACAGCCUUACAAGAUAUCAUCAAGCUGCUCUUCUAACCGACAUUCCUUAUCCUGUGCAGAUUGCAUGUCUCUUUGACAUUAAGCCAUUCCUCUCCAACUUUUUACCCGGAGGCAACAGUUCACCUUGAUGUCCGUGUACAACAUGACAGGGAUAGUGGUCUUUAUGCUUAGGAGGAAAAAGUGCCUGGAGUCAACCCCAGUUCACCUGCUUUGAAAUGAAGAAGUUUAUUAUGCAACACUGAAGUUGUACACCAUGUGUAUUACAUAUAUGUUGCAUAUGUAACAAUAUAAAAGAGAUGGGGGAAUAUCAUGUGUUGGUGCUUUUAGUACCAAAUGUAUUUUUAGAAAUUGAGAUUCACUUAAAUGUAUAAACAUGUAUAGUAUUGUGAUUGCAUCUAGACCUCACUUUAUUGCACUUAUCAUGCACUUGUGGUUUCUUAAGAUUUGAGGUUUCAACAGAAAAUGACAAACCAUGUUGCACAGUAGAGGGGAAAUGUUAGCUGACUUAGUUACUUGUAAAGUGUACUGUAGUUCAUUCUUGCACUUCAAAUCGAUUUGCAAACUCAUUUAACCUCAACUACCAAGUGCAGUCGAUGGGUUUAUCUAAAUAAUUUGGAAAUAUGAAUGAUAGCGAUUGACUUUUGAAGUUUAAGUCUCUGUCCCUCAGAUCAAUAAAAAUUGCAGUUGAUGAAUUAGUACUAUUUCUAUAAAGUACAAUGAUUUUCUACUGAUCCUUAUACCAAUUAAUGGUACCUGUAGGUUAAAGGGACAUUUUCAUUCUUUUUUCCUAUUGUUUUGUUCUUUUUCAUCCUGAUCUUUUCUUUUCUCUUUUUCUCCAAAUUAUUAAUCGAUAGUUUUGAUAUAUUUUCAUUCUAUGAAUGCCCUUGCGAUAUUUGUUUGCAAAUAUAAAAUAUAACUAGAACUCCCAUCUCUUUCAAGUGUCUUAGAAUAUAUCAGAUCAAAUUUGUAUAUGUCUUUCUUAAUAUUUUGAAUUAGAGUUUAUAUGAAAUUCUAAAUAUUUCAAUUAUAUAUAUACAUGUAUAAUAAUUGAAGUUUUAUUACAGUCUUUCCUUUGGUGUUUUUAUGACUAUAUUGCAGCAUCAAUUUGCAUUAUCAUAAAAAGGAAAUUUAUAUAUGAAUAUUACAGUACUCUAUCAAAUUUUUUACUCUAUCAAAUUUUACAAAAGGUAUAUAAUAUAAACUCAUUUUAGUAUACAAAAAUGUUGAUGAGGCAAUUAACAUAAUCUGUGUACAUUUGAGUUGAAUAGGUUUGUGCCUGAAACACUUAUGUGCUUUUUAAUCCUCCUGUAUGCUAGUUUAAUAAUUUUCAUGAAGAUUUUUGGACAGGCAACCCAUUUUAUUUCAACUAAAAAGGAUUUCUGUGACCUUGAAAUUUUGUGUAAGAAUUUUAACAGAAUAUGUGGAUGGAUGUUUCUGAGAAAUCAAAAGAGAAUUAUGUGCAAUAAUUUUUUUUUUAAAGAAAUGUCAAAACUAAGAAAAUUAUGAUUUUUCCAAUACCAUUGUAUCUUUCACUCUGGUGCUCUAAAACAAAUUGUUUCAAAAACAUUAUUUUCUAAAUGAACCUUUGUCACAGCAGUACAUAAUUUUGCACCAAGACAUCCUGAACAAGCUUAAAUUACUACUGUACAUUGUUUUUAAAGCACUGCUAUAAUUACUCAUUUUAAGAACUACAGAGGGGGCUCUAAUUUAUAGAUCUGUAAGUCAUUUGAGCUUGCCUAUCAUGUUUACCCAAUUUGUAUCAAAUUUACGUUUAACUUUUUUGAAGUUGGUUUUUAUUUAGUUGAUCCUACUUUGAAUUUGAACUUAAAAGGAAAUGUAAAGAACAUACAUGAAUCUUGCCCUUGUUUUUAUAACUUUUUCUAACUUAUAAGUAAUUCAACUCGGGCAUACAUGUACAGUUAAAAGCCGAAUGAAACCUAAAUAGUAUUAAUUCUCAUUUUUUACCUGUUUAAAUAAAGGUAUAUUAAUUUUGUAAUUUAUGAUUAAGAAAAUAAUGAAUCAAAAUUUGCCCAAGUUGCAUAUACAUGUAUAUUGUAUACUUCGUAGCCAUUUGUUUUUCAUAUUAUGUUAUCUAUUUGAAAGUUUACCCCUGCCACUGUUGUUCAGAUUAUUGACCAGAUUAUGCAAUUAUUAUUUUUACAUUUGAAAAUUUACAAGGAUUUUAAUACUAAAAUAUUGUGUACUUCAAUAAAAAAAAGUUGUGACAUUAGUUUGUGGUACAUGUACAUUGAACCCUCAAGCACUUCAUCAUAAAAGGGGAACUUAAUUGAUGACUCAUAAGCACUGAAAUGGAAAUACACCAGUUUUGGUUAAAGGAAAUAUUUAACAUCUUUAUCAAUUUAUUUUUUAUUUCUUUUAGAUGAGGGAACGAAGAAUAUCAGCAUAGACUUUAAGGAAGAUUAGAAAAACAUCUAGAACAUCUCACGUGCCUUUAGCUAUGUAUGUAUGCACAAAACAUUGUAUUUUGAAACUCAGAAGUAAAUGCAUGCCAAAGAAACAGCAGGAACAUUUUGCACAGAAUUAGAUAUUGCCAGAAGUACAUGUAUACACUCGUCUCAUAAAAGACUAUCAUGAAGUCACUAUUUUUACACUGUUAUAGUUAAUUAUAUGAAGGUAAUGAAAUUGUAAUUGGUUAGACUUAUGUAAUUCACUUUCCGAAACCAAGUCAAUACCUGAAUGUACAUAAAUGUAUAGGCUGUAACAAAAGCCAAUCGUAUGCACAUAUUUUCUCACGGAAAAAUACAAUGUUGUAAAUUUUGUAAUGUUGGUAACUAAAGCAUGUUGCACUUGUUGAAAUUGUGGUGAUGUUAAUUCUUUUUUCUUCUUUUUUUUCUAACUUUUCUGAUAUAUACAGUCUAUGUACAGUGUUUGGUAUUUUCUGACAAUUCUAUGAAGCUUGAGUAUUGAUGAUAAUUAUAUGUAUAUUUUCUUUGUAAUUUGAAUAUGUUCUGUUUUCUUUCUGUAUUGCCGCUUUUUUUUUUCUAAAAGCAAAUCAAUAUGGUAUAUGAGGAAAAGUUUAUUUUGAAAUGUGACUUCAGUAUAUAUGAAGACUGUUUACAAUUAUUAAUCAUUUUUUUAUUAACAGUACUCUUUGUACUAGAAUAAGGCACCAUGUGGUUUGAAAUUUUCAUUUGCCGAUUUUUUUCCUUUCUUUCUCUUUUCAAUCUUUUUGAAAGGGACAGGAGAAGGUGUACUACUUGUAUGUUUCUGGUACUGUGUAGUACAUUGUAUGGGUGUUUAGUCUCUGUUUGCCUGAUGUCAGAUCCUGUGUCAAAAUGCUGUUUUGGUAAAAGUGUCUUUGUAUUUGAUACAGGAAUACAUAUAUAUAUAUAUAAUCUCUUUUGAAAGACUUCUUUAGUUUAUUUCACCUUGAUAUGUGUGUGAGGUUUAGAGCCUAUUACUACAAGAUGUCGUAUGAAUAUUGUAGUUCUUCCUUCUUUUUUUUUCUAUUUGGAUGUUUAUUAGAAAGUACCUGAGCCUUGUGAGUACUUGUUAGAGAUAUACCAGGGCAAAGCAUGGAAAAUAUGUGUUAAAAAAAAGACAGAUACCAGUGGCAUAGCAUGGCUCCGUUCUCUAAGGGGGGUAAUGGUGUUGUGUCAAGGGGGGUGGUGGUGUCAGGACUUAAUAUCUGAGGGACAGUGCCUAUACGUGUAGUUCUUCAAAUGCCUUUGAUCCGGCAACUUGUGCCUUCCUGUAGUAAUGCAUAGGCCCAUACCAAAGUAAAUGAUGAGUAAAUAAUUUGCCUUUUUGUAUGAAUAUAAAACCUUGGAAAUGAACCAGGAAUAGGGAGAGCCUACUGAAACAAAUAUAAAUUUAAUUUUUCCAAUUUAUCUAUGAGACUGCUUUCAAGAAUGAUGCCAAAACGAUACACCUUUUUUCAUUCGUAUCAAAAAGAGAUACCUUGCCAUUCAGAGCGUCACAGUUGCCUCACAUCUCUUGCCUUAUUAGAUGUGUUCAUCAAAUCAUUUGCCCAGAGGCAAAAGGCCCUAACUCUGUAUAGGGUGCUAUGAGACAAAAUACUUUGUGUUAGUUCUGAAGUGACUAUAUAAAUCAGUUAACUCAACUGUGUUUUUACAAGUAGAUGAAAUCACUUUUGAUAUGCUUUUUUUCUUACCAAUUUACAAGAAGUAGUCAUCACAUUUGUUAAAUAUGGUAUCGUCUUUGGAGUAUUUCUCUUUCAGGACUUCAUUGUACAUACUCUGUACCUGCACAUUGAUUUCAUCUCGUUCCGAAUCAUGUAAUGUAAUGGCGUCCACACUCUGCAAUGGUAUCAGUGCACAAACUGCACAUAUUCCAAAGUGUGUCCAAGAAAUGACUGGUGUAAAAUUUUACUUGUGUAUGUGCACUUUGUAAUAUGCUCAGAACUCUUAAUACCAUGUCUUGAUUUGUUAACAUGUUACCAAUUAUGGCAUCUAUGUCAUGUAUAUAUACCAUUCACAAAAGACCAACUUUUCUGGAAAAGCUAGAACGAGGAAGUGGCUGAAUAUUUUCUUGGCUUUAGCCGAUGUCUAUGAUGGAAUUGGGAGCAUCCAAGGAAUUCUCUUCUUCUGGGCUGAUAGAGAACUGGAAAUAAAGUGACUUGUCUGGAGCAUAUAACCAUUGGGCCAAGAUCUGAACCUACGAUCUGCUUGAAGGCCAAGAGAACAAACCACUGUACCACAGUACUUCUUCACUAGAAACCUAGUAUGUGUUUAUUGAAUUGAGAUGAAUUGGGCUGCAAGUAUAUCAAGCUUGUUAGUGGUCUUUUUUUAGGAUAAUACUGAAAAAGCAGCCCGAGAACUGAAGUACAUUCAGUUAACAAUAAACAUUUAUAAAAUGUAUAUUUGAAUGAUUGUUUUAAGUAAAAUAUGUGGAAUCGUGUAUGUACUGCAAAAUAUGAGUGAUUAAAUCCUGAAAUAGAUGUCUAAGUGGAAAUAUUUGUGUGUCACAAUUUUCAAGUAUGAAUAUUUUAUAUAUUUUGAAGUAUUUUCAAGUAUGAAUGUUACUUAUACACAUUGCACACUGUCCAGGCACCAAAUGUAAUUUUUGUAAAGAGUAAAAGACAUGAUAUGUGUAAAUGUUGACGUCCUUGAUGUUUUCUCUAAAAAAAUCUUAAAUCAUUCCAGCGUGAAGAAAAAACGUUUCUUAAAGUUUGUAGCAGUAGAUGUUCAAAUAACACAGGAAGAAAGAGAAAACUUGAAUAUUUGUUCUUAUUAGGUCUGUUUUUCUUUUACUUGAAGAAAUAAAUGUUAGGAAAAAAAAGACUGGAUUUCAUUAAGAAUUUUUUUUUUUUUUUAAUCUUUGCUCAGGUCAAAUAUAUGCCAUACUUUGUGGUUUUGUUUUUGUUUGUUUGUGGUUCAUUGAGUUUGUGAGUGUAGAAAGGCCUUGAAAAUAUUAAUUCUUCAUCUUCUGUCCAUUUUUCUAUUUCAGUAUAAAACCAGGUGAUGGUUCCUAUGCUGCAAAAGUAUGUAGUUUAUUAAAUCUUACGUCCUUUAAAAUCCUUUGUCUUUCUUUUUCAUGACAUUUUAUGUAUAUACUUUUAGACUUUACUUGUAUACAAUGAAUAUACCUUUGUGUAUAUGGAAGUGCACUCAAUAAAAAGAUGAAUAUACA